CCAUCGAUGAGUCACAGUUUGUGUGUUCAGUGCACGAUAAGACGGUGUGUAAAAAUGGUGCUGCAGUAAAGUUGCUGAUUGAUUUUGCUAUUGCACGUUUGUAAGUGAUAACGUUGUGUAAGUAUCAGUGAGAGUGUCUGAGUGAAUCAUGAAAACUCCUGUAUACAGUAAGAAGAGAAAACAUUCUCAACUCUCUCUGCUUGUACAAUCUCAAGUGGGAAAAAGCAGAUAACAUGUUUCCUAUUAUUGAAAAUCAACAAACCAACGCCGGCAGUUGUGAUUGCAGUGUGGUGUCUGCAACGGCUGGUUGAUACAGUGCAGUGCGAGUGUCCGUUACAAAACCAAUACACAUCCAUUCAAAUUCGAAAUGGAUGCAACGUACCAAGCAAUACAAGCGACAAUUCUCGAAGGAAACGUGGAUCGGCUGAAACAGUUGUUAGCGACCCACCAGAUAGCCGAUGGGGAGAUACAUUCGCAACUAUCCGGGCCGUACGCCGAACUGACCCAUCGCAACAUAGUCUUAUCGGAAGCAAUGGAACACUUUGUCGAGUAUGAGCUGGUGAAGGGUAGCUAUCGAAAUGCUCCUAACGAGCACCAUGGGUCCGGUGCGGCAAAGAGUGCGGAUUUAGCGGCUCGCACUGCGCAUAUGGUGCAGUGCAUUGAUCUUAUCCUUACCGACCACAGCCCGGACUCGUACACGGACAUAGAUGAAUUGCUGGUGGUGCGGCUACGGCACGUCUAUGCCCAUGUGUUCUUUCUCAAGACGCACCUACGCAGGCUGCCGCUGAUGCAGCUGCAGUUUUGUAUCGCCGUGUUUCUGAAGCUGGUUACAGGCAAACCGGUCAACGGGUUCGACGUGUACGCGUUCACCAUCGAUAAAGAGCGCUUAAUACGCUUCCUGAAAACAAUUCGAGAUGCCAUGACGCAUGCUACACGGCCGGUGAUAAGCGAGGAUCACUACGUGCAAUACGUUCAACAUUUAGCUACCGGCCCCACUGCCCUUAAACAGCUCUCUCGCGCGCCCCCCAAACGCAUUCGCACUUACAUCCAGCGGCAAGUGAAAACGAUUAAUCCCUCCACAUUGGAAGACAUCCGGAAGCAUGUACUGCCUUUCGCUGAAUUACCGCCGCCCUCGAAACAGACGUUAAAAUCGUUGUACGAAAAAACGAUCGAUUGGGACCAUCGGAAGCGAUCGAGUCGAACGUUCAAGGAGCUGCACGAAACAUACUUCAUCACGAAGCAGCACUACUCCAUCCGUAAGGUGAUCGAGUACAUCGACGGUAUGCGGGAAGGUCCGUGCAAUGAUCCACCGCACAGGCAACCGCCCGUCGCACCCUCGCCGACACGCAUCCGUGCGAUUAAGCGCACGCUGCAGGUGAUUGGGGAGAUGAUCAAAAGCACCCGCGAAUCGCCCAACAUAACGGCCAAGCUGAGUCGCGUCCUGCAGCUGAUCACAUCCGAAGCGCUGGCCGAGCGGACGAAGGAUUUGCGGCAAUUUUUUAGCCACGGCUAUUCGCUCGCCAAAUGGGAGCUGGAAGCGGAACGGUGUGACCAGCUGGGGGCGGUGUUUCAGAAGAUAGAAAUCAAUCUACGCGAAGCGCGCCGCUGGUUCGUGUACACUCAGACGCAGCAGAAUCUACUGAUCUAUCGGCGGUAUUUGGCGUACCUGAAGAGAUUUCGCACCAUCGAAGCACUGCGCAGCUAUAUCGCUUUCGUCGGAACGGAAUUUAAGGGCAGUCUGAUUGAAACGUACGCUCCCGAGCAGCUAACCGAGGCCAAACUGCUGGUGCAGUACAUGCUGGACAGCUCGGCAGAAUCAUCGCUCAUCGAUCCGGUAACGAAGGACGACUUAAAGUACAUCGUAAAGGAUCUACAGCUGCGCAUCAACGCGAUUCGCAUGGAGAAUGCAUCGGUCGGACGCACGAUCGAUGAGUUCUUUUUCCUCGAAAGCUACAUCCGCCAACCGACGGCAACGGUGGACCGAGUGCGACAAACCGUCCGCUACAUACUGUCCCACACGCAGCUCGCCCGUCGCCACAAGCUGGUGCAGAAGACGGAUUUGAUGUAUGCCCGUGAGCUGCUGGCCCGUCUACAGCUGGCCGAACCGGACGACACGCGUCGCUACAUGUGGAGCACCAUCUGGACACGCUUAUCGAAGGAACAGUUCGGCGGGCUAGACACACUGGUGGGCCGGACUGAGCAACGGGUCGAUGUGGCGCUCGAUGCAACGGUGAAAACGAUGCACGCCCUUCAUCUGCCGCUGGACGAUGACGAGUACGUGCAGUUUGUGAACCGCCGGCUGGCGAAAAGCUACUACGGCAAUGUGUUUGUGCUGGAUAACAAGUAUCGGGUGUUGAAGGAGAUCGUGAAGGAUCGACGGGCGCAACAAACCGCCGGCAGGCGUGAUGUGCCGCUACUGGAGCAGCUAAAAACGCUCCGCAAGCAGGACGAACACAUGUUCCAGCGCAUGUUUGACGGUUUGCUCGACAGCAUGGAGCAGAUAUUGGGCCGUUGCGAUCGAACCACCGGCAUCCUGCCCGCCGUUACCGAUCAACUAGCGCUCGAGUAUUGUCUGCUGGAAGCGUCGGAAAUACUUUGCAACUUGGCGCUGUUCCGUGAGAAUGCAGCGGACCUAGCGACGAUGCCCAUCCCAGUCGUUACGGGGCGAAAUCUGCGCAACUAUCUGGCACACGAUAUGCUGGCGUACGACACACUCACAGCCUGCACGAACGCGGUCGUGUUAAAUGCACGGUAUUUGGUAGAGCAUCGGUUUAAGUUGUAUGGUGCGGCUGGAGCAGCGACAAAACUGACCCCAUCGUGCAAGGACCCGCCCGGAGAGACGGUGGCCAAAAGGCUGCAAUUUAAAGAAAUAUUUCAACAGCAAACCGAGUGGACAGUGGAACAGGUUGAGUUUUUCCAAACUGUUACAAACUUUCAAACCUCCGUCCUGCAGCAACGCAUCCACGACGCAAGUGAAACGAAUUCUAGCGUCGAUCUGCUGCUCUUGGGACGUAACACUCUCGAUCAGGAAAUCGUGACGAUUGCGCUGCAUGCAAACCCUUCUCAAUUUAUCGACCAGCUGCUCAACUAUGAAGCGAAUAGUUCCAAUUUUUUCCACCUUCUCAUCCGGUAUUUUAAACGUGACGAUUUAGUUACAAAGAUAAGGCUGUUGCUAGACAGUCCCGAACGGUUUUGCACGAACCUAGCGCUAAGGUAUGGGUUGGUGGAGGUAUUACGGUCGCUGUGGAGCCGUGGUGUGAACGAGCAAGCAAUGAAAUCGAUCAUUACCACCGAAAUGUCCACCAUCUUUAUGCGAUACUCGUCAGAGUCGAUACGCGAGCUCGUGCUCCUGUUCCCGGCCGAGUGGUUCGUGCAGCUGUACGAUCAUCUCGGCAACACGGUACUUCACUGGGCGGUGUUGCGCUCCGAUCUAGAGCUGCUGCAAUUUGUGCUGUGCCGCUACAAAAUGCUUCUCAGGUCGAAGAACAAGUUCGGCGACGUUCCGCUACUGAUCGCCGUCCGAUAUCACGAGGACGUGGUAGUGCAGCUGCUGCUAGAUCACGGUGCCGAUCCUUGGAUCGAGCCAAAAAUCGUACAAACGAUAGCAACGCAAAACAGGCGGCAACUAUUGCAACGGUUCCCCGUCGAUAUCGGUCGGAUCGUUGCUGCACAGGCGGACGGCUACGCUAAUAAUCCGCUCAGCGCGGCCAUUAAAGCAAACAAUUACGAAUUGUUUGUGGAGCUGCAUAAACGGUUCCGGUAUGAGCUUCACAAAGGAGAUCUGCUCCAUGUAGCUGCUCGUUUUAACAGGGUCCAGUUUCUGCAGUACAUACUAACGGAACGGCAAACUCAGGGCGCGGACGGGCCGAUCGUAGUUGAUUCAAUCAGUCCGGACACUUCCUUUACCCCGCUCAUGGUAGCAUGUGCCACCGGACAUUUUGAAGCUGCGCAGCUACUGCUACAGCAUGGUGCGAAUGGGUUGUUUCAAAAUGUAACCAAUACCAGCCCCUGGCACUGUGCCGUACAUGGCGGGAAUAGAGCCAUCCUUGCGCUGUUGCUAGCGCUGAACCCGGCGGUGAACGUGAAUGCGGUAACGCGAGAUAAACGCUCGGCGCUCAGUAUCGCCAUCGAGUCCGAUCAAAGUGAAGCGCAAAUCGACUUCCUGCUCACCACGGCCGGUGUGAUGGUUCAGGCCGAGCACGUGCUACACGCCUGCCUGCACGGAAAGCGGAACAUGCUGCAGCUGUUCCUCAACCGUCAGCCAGCACACAUAUCGGCGAAAGACUUUCUGCAGCGCAGUCCUCUGAUGAUAGCAGUCAUUUUGAACGAUGCUACCACGGUCCAGUACCUGCUCGAUCGUGGUGCCGAUCGUAAUGCGGUGAAUCUGCUUGGCAUGAACUGUUUGCACGUGGCGGCGUUAAACAAUUUGGCGGGUAUAACAAAAGUGCUCCUAGCGGCGCAGGUUGACCGUGAGGCAGAGGACAAUUUCGGCCGUACACCGCUGGUAGUUGCACUGGAAGCCGAACAUCUUACGAUCGUGGAAAAAUUGCUACACAGCGGAGCCAGUCCGGAGAGUGCAUAUGGCUACCGAUUUAAAAAUCAUCGUAAUGCAACGCUGCUGCACAAGUUUACGCUGGAGAAACGACCUCGGGUGGUAGAGUAUUUGGUUAAAAAGCUCCAAUUUCCAACGGAUUUAGUCGACGAUGACGGUAAAACAGCGGAAAUGUUAGAAGAAGAAUAAAAGUUUGUAUUUUGAUAACAGUAACGCGGAGGUGUUUUGUGUUGGAAGAGAUGUAACAGGUUUGACACGCCUGGCCCGUAAUCUCACUCAUUCACUCAUCCCCGCUCAUCCCGUUCUGCACCGGACGGGCUCUCAUCAUCAACGGGGAUGUAGCUCAGUGGUAGAGCGCUCGCUUCGCAUGUGAGAAGUCCCGGGUUCAAUC